CCAUCUUCGGAGUGGAAGUUCUAUAUUGCCUUUUCUUUAUUUCGCGGAGCAUCAAUUUAUGCAGGAAUAUAUAGUAGAUGGAUCAUGGGUAAUGCUUCAGGAGGAGAGAGUGCCCAGCAUGCAGGGGAAAGAGCUAAUUUCAUUAUAGACUUUGCAUGGGAAUUUAUUAGACGAGAAUCUGUGCUUCCCAAGCAUCCUCCAUCAGGUGCUUUUGUUUCUCAAGACUACUUGAAAAGAUCUGGACACGAAAGUGAAGAUCAAGUAUUUUCAAAAGGGGGAGGGAAGUUUGUCCCCGGUAAAAGGGUUUUGGAAUUGAGAAACAGGUUGUUAAAGUUCCUGGAAGAUCACAUAUAUCCCAUCGAAAAGGAAUUCUACAAACUUGCUGAGUCUACCUCACGUUGGACAGUCCAUCCAGAGGAGGAGAGGUUAAAGGAGCUAGCAAAGAAAGAAGGCCUAUGGAACUUAUGGAUACCUUUUGAUAGUGCUGCCAGGGCCAGAAAAUUGAUUUUUGAUGGAAGCAAUCAUCUUCUAUCAGAGAAUACCUACGAUCGCUUAUUGGGCGCAGGUCUUUCAAACCUCGAAUAUGGAUAUCUUUGUGAGAUCAUGGGUCGUUCUGUUUGGGCUCCACAAGUGUUCAAUUGUGGUGCACCUGACACGGGAAAUAUGGAGGUAUUGUUGCGGUAUGGGAACAAAGAGCAGCUACUUGAAUGGCUUGUUCCUUUGCUUGAGGGAAAAAUCAGGUCAGGAUUCGCAAUGACGGAACCUAGAGUUGCAUCCUCUGAUGCAACCAAUAUUGAGUGUUCUAUUAAAAGACAAGGAGAUUCAUACAUAAUCAACGGAAUAAAAUGGUGGACAAGUGGCGCUAUGGAUCCGAGGUGCAGACUUCUUAUAGUCAUGUUAGUUCUUCUUGUAUGCCAUUUAAUUAAUUGUUCUUUUGGCUUUGAUGAUGCACCUCAUGGGCAUGCAGAAGUACUAUUUGAGAAUGUAUGUGUCCCAGCAAAGAAUAUUCUACUAGGAGAAGGACGUGGGUUUGAGAUUGCACAGGGUAGACUAGGCCCAGGAAGGUUGCACCAUUGCAUGAGACUGAUGGGAGCUGCUGAGCGUGGCAUGCAGAUAAUGGCUCAAAGGGCUCUUAGUAGAAAAGUUUUCGGGAAGUUGAUUGCUGAACAGGGCUCAUUUCGUUCAGAUAUUGCGAAGUGUCGAAUAGAGCUAGAGAAAACCAGAUUGUUGGUUCUGGAGGCAGCUGAUCAACUUGAUAGACUUGGAAACAAAAAGGCCCGAGGAACUUUAGCAAUGGCAAAGGUAGCAGCCCCAAACAUGGCGCUGAUGGUACUUGACAUGGCAAUGCAAGUGCAUGGCGCUGCUGGCUUGUCGUCCGACACUUGUCUGGCUCAUCUUUGGGCCACGGCAAGAACACUGAGAAUAGCAGAUGGUCCAGAUGAAGUCCAUUUGGGUACUAUUGCCAAGUUAGAACUUCAGAGAGCUAAACUCUGAAACUCUCAGGACAAAACUCCCACAAAACAAACGAGAUCCUUUUUUCCCCUAUAGGCAAAUACUGCAUCAAAACUUACAGUUGAUAUAUAGGAUCAAUAAUGUUGUGACCAAUAAUGUUACUUUUUUAAAAUUUCUAGGAUCAAUAAUCUCAUUGAUGUCAAAAUAAAUUUUAUGUAUAAGGAAAAACAGUUCAGAGGAGAAGUCUGCAGCCGAUCUAUUAAUGUACCCUCCAUGUUUCUCUCUUAGAUCUUUAUAGAAAUAUCAAUCUCAUUUUGUUUUAUUUGGAA